AUGGCUAGUCCGCCAGUUCUAGCUUUCGAUGCCGAGGGCCGUCCAGUGAAGUUCGAAACCUGGCUCGAUGACCUGCACCUGUUCCUACAGCUCACUGCCAAGGAAGAUAUCUCACUGUACGACCACGCCCUAGGCCAUGCCACUGCCCCUGACUCGUCUGCUGACAGCACUCUGCGUUCCCAGUGGCAGACCCGUGAUGCGCACGCUCGCUUUGCUAUUCGCAACUCCCUGCCGCUAGACGAGCGCGAGCACUUCGGCCAGUGCAAGACUGCUAAGGACCUCUACACCGCUGUAGUUGCCCGCUACUCCUCGCCAGCUUCUGCCACGCUAGGCCGCCUCACUCUCCCCUACCUGUUCCCCGACCUAGCCUCCUUUCACACUGUCGCAGACCUCAUCACCCACCUUAAGACUAGUGAGGCCCGCUUUCGCGCUGCUAUGCCUGCCGAGUUUCUCACUAGCAACCCCCCCCCGCUCUGGAUCACUCUCUACCACAUCGUCACCCGCCUUCCUGACUCUCUGCGCGCAGCACCUCUCGUGGCGACCCCCGCACCCCGUUCUUUGAGGGGUGUUCCCCUUCCCCCCUCCUCCCCUCUGUCGCCUCUGCUGCUGCUGUCGACCUUCUUGGUGCUGAGAAGGUCGGGACCGCGUCUGCUUCGAGUGGGCGCCGCAGGAACAAGGGGGGCAGGGGUGGGGGUGGCGGCGGAGGAGGUGGGGGUGGAGGCGGUGGGAGUGGAGGCGCGGCUGGGGAGACUAGUGGCGGCAGUGGGGGAGGAGACAGCAGCGGUGGGAGUGGUGGUGGAGGCGGCAGCGGAGGCGGAGGUGGUCGUGGCGGCGGCAGGGGUGGAGGUGGCCGGGGCGGCGGCGGUGGGGGUGGUGGUCGUGGAGGCACUGGCGGAGGGCAGAGUCAGCAGCCCGCCCCGACACUUCAGGCCGCCCGUGAGUGGUAUGCGCAGCGUAGCGUUACCUGCACACUUUGAUGCUAUUCUCACUGCCAUGUAUGCCAUGUCUAUUAGUGGAGAGGGUGCUCAGUACUUGCGUGUUCCGCCCGACCCGGGCAUUCAGGCCAGUCCGGCUGCCGCUCUAGGUGCUAGUGCGUCUGCUCCCACAGGUCCUGGUGAGGCCGCUGCCCUAGGUGCUCGUGCGUCCGUGCCCCCUGGUACUGAGUCGACUGCAGCACUGCACACCUUCACACUGGACUCAGGUGCUUCUCGCUCCUUCUUUCGUGACCGCACUGUCCUUGAGCCACUCGCUCGGCCAGUUGCUGUCUCCCUUGCUGACCCCUCUGGGGGUCCAGUCAUUGCGACCUCCUCCACUGUCCUUCCUUGUCCGGCGGUCCCGUCCGGCACGCUGUCAGGUCUCUACCUCCCCUCGUUCUCUACGAACUUGGUGGCAGGUAGUGCGCUCCAGGACGGAGGUGUUCACCAGUUCACCCCUGCCUACGAGCGCGUGACACACUGCACGUGUGCUCGGACGGGUCGCCACCUGGCUACCUUCACUCGGGAGCCGGGGUCGGACCUUUACACACUGACCACUGAGUCCCCUCAGGUAGCUGCGUCUGCGUCUGCGUCAGGUCAGCUGUCCGCCCCCUGCUCGUGUCGCUCUCUGGCGCAUGAGACUGUCCUUUGGCACCACCGCCUUGGUCACCCGUCUGUGCAGCGCCUUCGGGCCAUGCACAAACGGGACCUUGUUGCUGGUCUUCCCAGGGUGCUCCCUCCCCUUCCCGACUCGCCUGCUCCUCCCUGUAUUCCCUGUGUCGAGGGACGGCAGCGCGCCGCUCCUCACUCCUCCUCCUUUCCCCCGACGACUGCUCCCUUGCAGACGCUCCACAUGGACGUGUGGGGCCCAGCCCGCGUCCGUGGUCAGGGUCAGGAGAGGUACUUCCUGAUUAUUGUUGACGACUUCUCGCGCUACACCACGGUCUUCCCCUUGCGCGCCAAGGGUGACGUCCCUGAUGUCUUGAUCCCUUGGAUCCGCAGAUCUCGUCUCCAGCUCCGUGAGCGUUUCCGCUCCGACUUCCCUGUCCUGCGUCUGCACUCUGACAGAGGUGGGGAGUUCUCCUCUGGCCUAUUGGAGGCCUUCUGUCAGCAGGAGGGCAUUGAGCAGUCGUACACGCUUCCGGCCUCUCCACAGCAGAAUGGGGUUGCUGAGCGCCGCAUUGCCGCUGCUUGCGAGGCACUCGAUCUCACUGCUGUUUAUUUUCUACCUACCGCGCACACUGCUGCCACUGCAGCUGCCACGCUUCCUACUACUACUGCUACUGUCACUAUGGCUAGUCCGCCAGUUCUAGCUUUCGAUGCCGAGGGCCGUCCAGUGAAGUUCGAAACCUGGCUCGAUGACCUGCACCUGUUCCUACAGCUCACUGCCAAGGAAGAUAUCUCACUGUACGACCACGCCCUAGGCCAUGCCACUGCCCCUGACUCGUCUGCUGACAGCACUCUGCGUUCCCAGUGGCAGACCCGUGAUGCGCACGCUCGCUUUGCUAUUCGCAACUCCCUGCCGCUAGACGAGCGCGAGCACUUCGGCCAGUGCAAGACUGCUAAGGACCUCUACACCGCUGUAGUUGCCCGCUACUCCUCGCCAGCUUCUGCCACGCUAGGCCGCCUCACUCUCCCCUACCUGUUCCCCGACCUAGCCUCCUUUCACACUGUCGCAGACCUCAUCACCCACCUUAAGACUAGUGAGGCCCGCUUUCGCGCUGCUAUGCCUGCCGAGGACCACUUCCUCUCUCGCUCCCCCACUGAGCUCACUGUUGCCCUCCUCGAGAAGGAACUGCUUGCAGCUGAGGCGAGCAUCGUCGCUGUAGGCACCUCUCGUGGCGACCCCCGCACCCCGUUCUUUGAGGGGUGUUCCCCUUCCCCCCUCCUCCCCUCUGUCGCCUCUGCUGCUGCUGUCGACCUUCUUGGUGCUGAGAAGGUCGGGACCGCGUCUGCUUCGAGUGGGCGCCGCAGGAACAAGGGGGGCAGGGGUGGGGGUGGCGGCGGAGGAGGUGGGGGUGGAGGCGGUGGGAGUGGAGGCGCGGCUGGGGAGACUAGUGGCGGCAGUGGGGGAGGAGACAGCAGCGGUGGGAGUGGUGGUGGAGGCGGCAGCGGAGGCGGAGGUGGUCGUGGCGGCGGCAGGGGUGGAGGUGGCCGGGGCGGCGGCGGUGGGGGUGGUGGUCGUGGAGGCACUGGCGGAGGGCAGAGUCAGCAGCCCGCCCCGACGCUUCAGGCCGCCCGUGAGUGGUAUGCGCAGCGUAGCUUUACCUGCACGUACGUCAUUCGCACAGACUUUGAUGCUAUUCUCACUGCCAUGUAUGCCAUGUCUAUUAGUGGAGAGGGUGCUCAGUACUUGCGUGUUCCGCCCGACCCGGGCAUUCAGGCCAGUCCGGCUGCCGCUCUAGGUGCUAGUGCGUCUGCUCCCACAGGUCCUGGUGAGGCCGCUGCCCUAGGUGCUCGUGCGUCCGUGCCCCCUGGUACUGAGUCGACUGCAGCACUGCACACCUUCACACUGGACUCAGGUGCUUCUCGCUCCUUCUUUCGUGACCGCACUGUCCUUGAGCCACUCGCUCGGCCAGUUGCUGUCUCCCUUGCUGACCCCUCUGGGGGUCCGGUCAUUGCGACCUCCUCCACUGUCCUUCCUUGUCCGGCGGUCCCGUCCGGCACGCUGUCAGGUCUCUACCUCCCCUCGUUCUCUACGAACUUGGUGGCAGGUAGUGCGCUCCAGGACGGAGGUGUUCACCAGUUCACCCCUGCCUACGAGCGCGUGACACACUGCACGUGUGCUCGGACGGGUCGCCACCUGGCUACCUUCACUCGGGAGCCGGGGUCGGACCUUUACACACUGACCACUGAGUCCCCUCAGGUAGCUGCGUCUGCGUCUGCGUCAGGUCAGCUGUCCGCCCCCUGCUCGUGUCGCUCUCUGGCGCAUGAGACUGUCCUUUGGCACCACCGCCUUGGUCACCCGUCUGUGCAGCGCCUUCGGGCCAUGCACAAACGGGACCUUGUUGCUGGUCUUCCCAGGGUGCUCCCUCCCCUUCCCGACUCGCCUGCUCCUCCCUGUAUUCCCUGUGUCGAGGGACGGCAGCGCGCCGCUCCUCACUCCUCCUCCUUUCCCCCGACGACUGCUCCCUUGCAGACGCUCCACAUGGACGUGUGGGGCCCAGCCCGCGUCCGUGGUCAGGGUCAGGAGAGGUACUUCCUGAUUGUUGUUGACGACUUCUCGCGCUACACCACGGUCUUCCCCUUGCGCGCCAAGGGUGACGUCCCUGAUGUCUUGAUCCCUUGGAUCCGCAGAUCUCGUCUCCAGCUCCGUGAGCGUUUCCGCUCCGACUUCCCUGUCCUGCGUCUGCACUCUGACAGAGGUGGGGAGUUCUCCUCUGGCCUAUUGGAGGCCUUCUGUCAGCAGGAGGGCAUUGAGCAGUCGUACACGCUUCCGGCCUCUCCACAGCAGAAUGGGGUUGCUGAGCGCCGCAUUGGUCUGGUCAUGGAGGUCGCUCGUACCUCCUUGAGCCAUGCGGCUGCCCCCCAUUUUCUGUGGCCGUUUGCAGUCCGAUACGCUGCGCAUCAGCUCAACCUCUGGCCCCGUGUCUCCUUGCCCGAGACUUCUCCGACACUGCGUUGGAUGGGAGAGGCUGGCGAUGCGUCGCGUUUUCGGGUCUGGGGAUCCCGAGCUUUUGUCCGCGACACGUCCGCGGACAAGCUCUCCCGUCGUGCUGUCCCCUGCGUCUUCCUUGGCUUUGUCCCGGACGCCCCUGGCUGGCAGUUCUACCACCCCACCUCGCGUCGUGUCCUGGCCUCUCAGGACGUCACUUUUGACGAGUCCGUCCCCUACUACCGCCUCUUCCCCUACCGCACUGCCCCGCUCCCCCCCCCGCCUCUCUUCCUCGCUCCAGGUGCUGAGGUACCAGACCCCCUCCCCCCUCAGGGUGCCGCUCCCUCAGGUGUGUCCCAGGUAGACCCGGGUGAGCCUGUCGAGGUAGCUGUUGACUCUCGUCCUGCUAGGGGUGCUGAGCCUGGGGGUGCUGCGUCUGGGGGUGCUGAGCCUGGGGGUGCUGCGUCUGGGGGUGCUGAGCCUGGGAGUGCUGAGUCUGGGGGUGCGGAGCCUGGGGGUGCUGAGCCAGGAGGUGCGGAGCCUGGAGGUGCUGAGCCUGGGGGUGCUGCGUCUGGGGGUGCUGAGCCUGUGCGUGCUACACCUGGAGGAGCCCUCUCCUCCCAGCAGCUGCAGGAGAGGUACCUCGAGUACUGCCGCCUCCGGAGAGGUGCUGCUGGAGCUCGUUCCGGUACUUCCCCUCCUACCCAGGAGCUCCCCCCCAUUCAGCAGAUCCGCGAGUGGUACACACGGCGCUGCAGUCUUCGGAGUGGUGCUCCUGGUGCUGCGGACCCUGGGGGUGGCGCUGCUGCUGGUGCUGAGGACCCGGACGUGGGAGCUGCUACUGGUGCUGCGGACCCGCCUGGUGGAGCUGCUGCUGGUACAGAGGACUCGGACGUUGGAGCUGCUGCUGGAGCUGAGGACCUGGGCGGUGGCGCUGCUGCUGGUGCUGAGGACCCGGACGGUGGAGCUGCUGCUGGUGCUGAGGACUCGGACGGUGGAGCUGCUACUGGAGCUGAGGACCCGAGCGGUGGCACUGCUACUGCUGCUGAGGACCCGGGCGUUGGAGCUACUACUGGUGCUGAGGAGUCUCCUCUGCUUCCGGAGACGUUGUGCAACCGCGACCGAGGUCUUACAGAGCGUCGUGAGCCUGAGUCUCGUCCUGCGUCGCCUGUUCGUCCUGCUCGCACUGGUAGUCGUGUCCGUCGUGAGCGUCCUCCUCCUGUCCCAGGCACUCACUACAUGACUCUGCGUCCCUCUACUGCUCCUCAGCGUGUCCCUCUACCGUCUCCUCCUGCGUCUUCUUUGCCUCACGUUCCGGACCCUGAGUCUGACCGGUACCGUGCUGAGCACCCUACUGUCACGCGUCUCCUCGCUACUGUUGUCACUGACCCUACCUUUGAGUCCUCGACUGCGUCUGCUCUGGUCGCUGAGUUGGUUGACUUUGCUGCUGCCUGUCGUCUAGACUACGCUGCGAGCCUUGUUGCUGAGUCUGAGUCUGAGUCUGUCUGUCCUCCGUCCGUCGGGGGUGAGUGUGCUCUUGGCACGGACGUCCUUGAGGACAGACAGGAGGAGUUCCAGUGUCUUGCUGCUGCUUUGCCCUGUCUCGUGUCCUUGCUAGUUGCCCCUGAGGGAGACCCGGAUGCACCAGACAUCCCGACCCCGCGCACUUACGCUGAGGCGAUGGCGGGUCCCUACUCCUCUCAGUGGCAGACAGCCAUGGACGCCGAGAUGGCCUCCUGGAAGUCCACACGCACCUACGUCGACGAGGUUCCCCCUCCUGGGGCGAACAUCGUCAGUGGCAUGUGGAUUUUCAGGGUGAAGCGGCCGCCGGGUUCUCUGCCUGUCUUCAAGGCGCGUUACGUGGCUCGAGGCUUCAGUCAGCGAGAGGGAGUUGAUUUCUUCCAGACCUUCUCCCCCACCCUGAAGAUGACUACUCUUCGGGUGCUGCUGCACAUAGCCGCUCACCGCGACUACGAGCUUCACUCACUUGACUUCAGCACUGCUUUCUUGCAGGGCAGCCUGCACGAGGAGAUCUGGCUGCGCCGCCCACCUGGCUUCACUGGGUCGUUUCCUCCUGGUACCCAGUGGAGGCUUCAGCGGCCGGUCUACGGUCUCCGCCAGGCUCCGCAAUUUGGUCCAGUGGACUGGGUGGACCAAUCGACCUGA